UGAAUUGGGCGCGCGAAUUAGGUCUUAGCUGGCAGUGUGUUGGUACGAGCAAUAGGAGGCAUUUGAUUGAAGUGCCUUUGGCGUGAUCGGACGGUUGGCGUCGUACAAGAGGGUGACAGAUCGACGGCCGGCGUUGAGCCGUGCUGAGGGGAUGCGCGCAUUGAGCUGCGCGGCGAUCGGUGUGGCCGUCGGAUGGGAGAGAUGGACGGCUGAGAUGUGUUGGGCUUGGAGGAGGAGUAAGGGGGAGUGAUAAUAAUAACAAUCAGCGCGUUUGCUGUUUUGCUUGUAGUUGGGUUUCAUGUUUAUGAAUAGUAGGAGCAGAUAAUUUUUGUUGGGUCGCCGCCUCCUUCUGUUGUAUCAGAGAAGGGAAGGUCUCUGUUUUUUGAAAUAGGGCCUUGGUUUUUCUCUUUUCUGUGGGAUGCUUUUUUAGCCUGCUUCGGCGACAGGGUGUUUUAAAUCAAGUUUGAAACAUGGUUGGAUACGCCUUAUCUGUUCCUCGAAAGCCGGCAUGGCUGGAGGCCUUGCUGACCGACCAAUUCUUUGUCCCGUGUUCGAUUCACUUGGAGUACAAGAAAAACGAGGUUAACAUCUUCUGUGUAGACUGCAGUUCCAGCAUUUGCCAGCAUUGUCUCAUUUCCCACCGCUCUCAUCGUCUUCUGCAGGUGCGAAGAUAUGUGUAUCAUGACGUUAUUCGGCUACAUGACAUGCAGAAGCUUCUUGACUGCUCUCUAGUCCAGACAUAUAUCACGAAUAGCGCCAGGGUUGUAUUUUUGAACCAGAGACCGCAAUCACGAUUAUCCAAAGGGCAGGGGAAUUCCUGCGUUACAUGUGACAGGGUUCUGCAGGAGCCCUACCGUUACUGUUCCGUUAGAUGCAAGGUAGAUGCAGUGAAGAACAUAUCAAGUGUGUUGCAGGCAUGCAAUUCCCUUGAAUUGGCGGAGUAUUUAGAGCCAUCUCCAUCGCCAGAAAACACAAGCCCAAGCCCAAAGCCCUGUGGCAAGCUUGACAUUGAAGAAGACAUGUACCUGGAAAUGGAGGAGUCGCUGUCGUCAACAUCAUGUGCAAGUGAAAGGGAGGACUGUUGGGUUGCAAGCAACAUGCAAACCCCUGCCAUAUUUUCAUUGCCCAAGAAAAUGCGCAGCAGCAACAGCAACAGGUCACCUAAGUCUGUACUUCCACGCAGGAGAAAGGGAUUUCCUCACAGAUCUCCACUAUACUAGACGGUCACUGUUCUUAACUUUAUUACUGUGGAAGGGUGUUUAAAAUCCCGCCUUGGCGCGGCAUAAAUGUAAAAGUCCUUUUAACCCCACAAUUUUGACUUACAGUAAGUGGGAGAGGAGUUAAAGUGGAGAGAGAGAGAAAGACAGAGAUAGGGAUGACAGUGUAGUGUCAUUAAUUGAAGUCCCUUACUGCAACAUCUUUAUUUAUUCAAUAUCCUUGUCUCCGCGGGUAAUAGGAUCAACUGUGUCUCUUCUCGUGGUUUCUUUCACUGCAAUUUCAGCAUAUUUAUGGCAAUCAAGGUAAAGCCACUUGAUCACGUGCAGAUGGUCUCAGAAUUUUCUCGUGACCCGUGUUUAUUGUUUAAGCUUUCCAAUGUAUGGAAGCAUGCCCUUUGUUCCACGCUAUUUAUAAAUUUAAAUUCAACUACAGUUGACUGUCCA